AUGAAACAUCGGAAUGUUAAUAAUGGUGGUAGUAAUAGAAGUACGAUUCAAUCUUUAUCAACUUCUAUUCUACCACCAUUAUGUUGGUCAUCAACAAGUUUAAUGUGUCAUCCUAAAAGUGAACAUUAUUUAAAAACUAAAAAUUGUCUUCAUAGUCAUUGGAAAUGGUCUCAAACAAAUAAAAUUCAUUCUACAACAAUAUUACUUGAUAAUAAUAAACAAAUAUUAUUUCAUCCAAGAACAAGUUCAUCAACACAAGUUAUACUUGCUGAUAGACCAUUACCAUUGAAUGGUAAACAUUAUUGGGAAAUCUAUAUGCCUGCUGUUUAUGGAACAUCAAUUAUGUUUGGCAUUGCAACUAAUGAACAACAAAUGUUUUCAUCUACAUUUACAAAUCUAAUUGGAAUUGAUCAACAUGGUUGGGCACUAUCACAUCAUGGUUUAUUAUGGCAUAAUGGAAUAUCAUAUUCAUAUUUAUCUCAAUCAAUGGAAUUACUUCGACCUAUUUUAAUUGGUUUAGAAUUUGAUGCUGAUGCACGAACACUUUCAUAUAUAAUUAAUAAUCAAUCAAUGGGCAUUGCAUUUCGUUGUAUACCAAAAAAUGUAUUAAUUUAUCCAGCUGUAUCAUCAACAAGUGCACAAAGUACAAUGAUUCUUAAACAUUGUUGUAAGAUAUGUUCGUCUUUACGUGAAAUUUGUUUGAAAUUAAUUAAAUCAUCGAAAUUAAAAGAGAAUAUUAAUAAUCAAUUGUUACCUCGACAUUUAAUUGAACAAUUGAUUAACCAACAAAAAACAUCACAUUUUAUUCUUACAACAAAAAACGAAAAAUAUCAAAUGUUUGGAGCUAAGAAACGUAGAACUAUCGCACCGAUCAAAGAACGAGACCCUGAUACACUUCUCCGUGAACAUAUUGUUAAAAAUACUGAUGCAUCACAUGUGCUUGUUUCAGAAUAUGAUGUUCUUGAUAAACAAAAACCAGUAUCAUUUUGGAUGCGAGAUCUUAAUAUUCCACAAUGGCUUUUAUUAGUCUUUGUUUCAUUGACUAUAAUUGUAUUUACAGCAUUUGCUUUAUUUACUGCAAUUGUUACAUUAAAAAAAGAAAUGGAUGGAGGUCCAUGUAAAUCAAAUACAGAUUGUCGUCGUGAUCUUAGUUUAAUUUGUAAUAAUUAUCGUUGUGGUUGUGCUUAUUCACAUUUUUGGAGUAAUUCAUAUAGUAUAUGUGAACGAAGACGAAUGGUCAAUCGAACAUGUGUUAAUGAUUCUAUGUGUGAUGCAUUUGCAAGUUUACAAUGUCAAAAUGUUCCACUGACUAAUGGAGCUAUUGAAUCUCAAUGUCAAUGUAAAACAUCUAUGUCGUGGAAUGGAUAUAUUUGUGUUUAUCAAAGUUUAUAUAAUACAUCAUGUCUUCUAGAUGCUAAUUGUGAUACAAGUCGAUAUUUAUUUUGUAAUUUAACAAUACAACUUUGUCAAUGUAAUUCAUCUAUGUUUUGGAAUGGAGAUUCAAAAUCUGGUACAUGUGAAUAUAAACGAACUGUUAAUCGAUAUUGUUAUCCAUAUGAUAAUAAUUGGUGUGAUGAUACAGGUCCUCUAGGUCAACGUCUUGUUUGUACUCGAUAUACGAAUCCUUAUGGAAGUGAAUAUGGUGUAUGUCAAUGUUCCACACAUGAAUUUUAUAAUGGUAGUGCUUCAUUAGGUAAUGGUAUUUGUGUACCACAUCAUUUAUAUAAUGAAUCAUGUACAUCAACAUCUCAAUGUGAUUAUCGAAUUAAUUUAGCAUGUUUAAGUAACCUAUGUUUAUGUCCAUCAGGUACAAAUUAUGAUUCAUCUAUUAAUAGUAAUGGUGUUAUGGGUUAUUGUAAAUCUGCUGCGGGUUAUAUGGAAAAUUGUACAGUUUCUUUAGUAUGUAGUUCAUCACAAAAUCUUUUUUGUAAUUUAUCAUAUUAUGGUGGAGCAAAUACGUCUGGUAUAUGUCAAUGUAAUAGUUCAUGGUCAUAUUGGGAUGGUACAACAUGUACAACAAAAUUAUCAAUUGGUGGUGAAUGUUCAAGUAAUAUACAUUGUAUUGAAGCGAAUGGUCUAUUUUGUAGUAAUUAUACACAAUCAAUAGGUACAUGUGAUUGUGAUAAAGAUCAUUUUUGGAAUAAUACAUGUAUAUCUAAACAAUGGUAUAAUACAACAUGUCCAUCAUCAUAUGUUUGUGAUGAUAAUCGUGGUUUACAAUGUCAAGGUCUUGGUGGUAGUAUGUUUCAAAAAUGUGAUUGUUAUAAUACAACUUAUAUUUGGGAUUCAUUAUAUGUUACAAAUCGAUCAUAUACAUGUAUACCGAAAUUAACAAAUGGUCAAUCAUCAUGUUUUGGUGAUCUUGAAUGUGAAGAUUUUAAUUAUUUAAAAUGUAAUAAUGGUACAUGUGGAUGUUACUAUACAGAUUAUUGGGAUGGUAAUCGAUGUCAACCUAAAAGAAAUUAUGCAGAUCCAUGUUCAAAUACUUAUCAAUGUCGAGAUUUUAGUCCAGUUAAUUUAAUUUGUCGAUAUGGUACAACAUCACCAGUAGCGUUACAAUGUCUUUGUAAUACUACAUCUUAUUGGGAAGAAUGUGUUCAAGCAUGUCUUAUUUCAAAAAAAUAUCAUGAAUCUUGUACACUUGUUUCGAAUUGUACAACUAAUGAAUGUGAUAAAACAGCAAAUUUACAAUGUAUGAACGAUAGUAUUUCAUCACUUACGGGAUCUGGAUGGUGUAAUUGUACACAAUUACAAUGGUGGAAUGGAUCAUAUUGUCGAAAUAAAGGCACACCAUCUUGGGGAGUAAAUGCAAGUGAUGUAUGUAAUGCAACAUAUCAAUGUGCAGAUUACAAUUUAGUUUCUUGUCCACUCAGCACAACAUGUGAAUGUGCAACAACUAAAUAUUGGGAUGGUACUACAUGUAAAGAUCGAGUAUUAUAUGGUGAAUCUUGUACAUCAUGGCCUACUUAUCCGGUAAACACGACAACAUGUUUAAAUGCUGCUGGUGCUGGAUUACUUUGUAGUAGUUCGAGUUGCAGUGGGGGAAUAUGUACAGGUGGCACCUGUUAUUGUCCUAGUGGCACAAAUUGGAAUGCAACAUUUAGUUUGGAUAUGAUAAUGAAUGAAAAUAAUAUAUUAAAAUGGUUAAAAGAAUUUAAAUUUAAUUGGUUACCUCAACAUAUUUCAAAUGAUACUCAUUUAUUACAAUUAAUAACAAAUCAAAUUAAUGAAUUUGAACAAUUAUUAAUUCAAAAUAAUCAAGUUGAAAAUGAUUCAUCAAUUGAAAAUAACUAUCAAUGUACUAAUUCAAGUGAUAUAAGACAAUUUGAUCUUUCAACACAACAACAACAACAAUCGGAAAAUUUCUUAUGUAUAUCUUCGGAUAAACAUGAUGUUGAUAAUAAAAAACAAGAAAAUUAUUCUCGACCAGCUAUUCGUUUAAAACGUAUUUCAUUAGCUGAAGCUGAACGUUUUUUACCAUUAUCAUGGAAAACAAGUACAAAAUCAAAACCUGGUAGAAAAAAACGAAAAAUAAUUUUUUCGAAAUUUAUUUUCACUGGAAAAAAAGCGAAGAAAGAUGCUCAAACAAAUAAAACAUUUGUAUCAACAUCUACACCCGAUGAAAGUAUUUUUCCUGCUGGACAAACUAUAAAUAAUUCAAAAAUUAAACAAAAAACAAUUCGAUCAAAAACAAUUGUCGAACAUCCAUCAACAUCAUCUAUUGCAAGUACACAAUCAGUUAAUAAUAAUAAUAAUAAAAAGAAAAAAAGAAAAUUACGUGCAAUGGAUGGUGAAGAUGAUGAUCUAUGUACAUUGGGAAAUUUAUCUCAAACAGAUGUUAUUAAUGGUGGUGACACUGAAUGUGAACAAGUAUCACGUUACAUAGGACAAAAUGGUAUAUUAUCUCAAACACGUAAAAUAAAUGAAACAACAAUAAAUAUUGAAAAUGAUAAAACAAUAAAACAAUCAAAAAAAUCAAAAAAAAAAAAAAAAUUAACUAAAAAAUCAUCUAAUCAUUCAAAUGAUCAUAGUGUUAAUACAAAAUCAAAUGAAUCAUCUCCAUGUGAAAUAUUAACUUUAAUCGAAGAUAUCGGUCAAAUACAUCAUGAAGAAAUAUUACAAGAUAUAACAGAAAAUGAUCAACAAUCAUUAUUUGAUUCACUUAAUAUAACACCUGAUAGAACAUAUGAAACAAAUUCAACAUUAAAUAUAAAUUCAUUUAUUAAUUAUACUGAUUGUAUCGAAGAUAUAUCAAACGAUGCUGUCGAUCUUCCUUCAACAACAUUAUCAUCGAAUAGUUUAUCUCAUCUUACUUUAACAACAUAA